UUAGGUCAAGCACAAUAUUUAUAAACAAAUUAAAGUUUUAAAUGAGUGUUUUUCAAAUGUCGGUAAGUUAGAUCACGCUAAUGACACCAUUACAUAACCUUCCAAAAAUUUUUUUUUGGGUUUUUUCCUUUUUUAUUUUUUAUAUUAGCUGAUUAACCCAAUGGUCAACAUUAUGAAUCACAAAGGACCGUUUUUGCGCAUUUUUAAGCCAUUUGAGUCGUUUGGACUUAAGUCAUAAAAUUCCAAAUAUGCGCCUAAUUGCCGCCCCAAACAAAGCUAAUUAGAAUAAUUUGCACGUCGUGAAAGCCGCGACACAUCCUUGGCGAGUGCAGUGUUGUCUUGUCUUUGUCCCAACUCCUAUAAAAUCCUGAAAAUACUUUGACCUUGAUGCGUGAGGUCCAUCCACAGUCCCCAUCUCCCUCGCUCUCAUCCACUUGUUCCCGUCUCCUCUUCUCGGAAACUAUGAACCUCCCAUGUGGGUGGUCCCGCUGUCUCCUUCUCCCCCAAUAAAACCGUCUAUUCUUGUCUCUAUCGCUCCUCCCAUCCGGCGCAAGCCAAACACCAGCACGUGCAGUUUUCGGCGGAGUUUCCCUUCAAAAAUGCGAAAAUGUACCUCUUGUUUGUGCUAAUUUCGUGUGUGAUUGAACGCUCUUUGUGCUCGCAAGACCUCGAAGUGAACUCAUCACACUUCAACGAAAUCGUCGUAAGACACGGUGAAAGAGACGGCUCACGGUACGACCACCACUUCAAAAGGUACUGCCAAAAGCCGGCCAAAUGCCAGCUUUUGAACUACACCACGUGCAUGGGCAUGAAACUGCCCUAUUUCUCCACCACGUUGGAGCUCACCGACUUGACGACGCAGGAAAAAGUGCAAGAGAAGCUCCACCAUUACAAAUAUCUGAGGUUUAUUCCCAAAUGCUGGGCGGUCAUUCAGCCCUUUCUGUGCGCUUUGUACAUGCCGAAGUGCGAGAACGGUAAAGUCGACCUACCGUCGCGGGAAAUGUGCCAGCUCACACUCAAACCCUGCAAAAUGUUCUACAACAGCUCGAUUUUCCCCAAAUUCCUCAAUUGCGACGACGAACGCAUUUUCUCGUCGAAUUGCAAGAACGACGUUCAGGAGUUGAGGUUCAACACCACGGGGUUCUGCAUGGAGCCUCUGGUCAAGACCGACAACCAGAAUUGGUUUUAUCCAGACGUGGAGGAGUGCGGCCUCCGAUGUAAGGACUCCCUCUACACCGAGAACGAACACUACCAGAUCCACAAACUGAUCGGUUACUGCGUCCUGGUGUGCGGCCUCUUCAACUUCUUCACCAUCGUGACGUUCAUCAUCGACUGGACAACGGCCAACAAAUACCCCGCCUUAUCUAUUUUCUACAUGAACAUUUGCUUUUUUAUUUCGUACAGCGGUUGGUUCAUCCAAUUUUUAAGUACAGACACGCGCGAAGACAUCGUUUGCAAAAAAGACGGAACUCUGCGUAAAUCCGAACCCAGCGCUACCGAAAACCUGUCCUGCGUUAUAGUUUUCGUCCUCGUUUACUAUUUCCUAAUCGCAGGAAUGGUUUGGUUCGUCCUUUUCAGCUACACGUGGCACAUGAGCUGCGUCCAAGCGCUCGGGAAAAUACAAGAACGCGUUGAUAAAAAGCGCGUUUAUUUUCAUUUAAUCGCGUGGAGUUUGCCCUUGAUGUUCACCAUCACGACCAUGGCGGUGGGCGAAAUUGACGGGGAUUACGUUACGGGGAUUUGUUUCGUUGGGAUUUUUAAUUUCGCGGCAAGAGCUGGACUCUUGCUGGCACCGUUGGCCGUUACGAUGAUCGUGGCGGGGUAUAUUAUAGUCAGAGGGCUGAUUCUCUUGAUCAAAGUCAAAAUUGAUAGUCGGGAAAUUAUCUCGGAGCACUCGAGUCGCAAAAUACGGUCGAAUAUUGUCAGGAUGGGCGUUUUCACCCUCUUUAUGAUCGUCUUCUGCAUCAUCACCUUCAUCUACCACGGAUACGUUUUCGUCAACUCGGAGACGUGGAAUCUGAGUCUCCAGAGCUACAUUUUAUGCAAAUUAACGAGUCUGAGCUCGGACUUCUCCCACUGCAAGCAGGAGUCUCGGCCCAGCGUUGCAAUGCUCCAACUGCAGCUCCUUGCAGUUUUCGGCGCCGGAAUCGCCAUGGCCUCCUGGGUAUGGUGCAGUGCGACCCUCCACAGUUGGACCCGCUACAUCCGGAAUUCUCUGGUUUGUAGGAAAUUUCGUUGCGAGGUGGAGGAGCCAAUGAAACUCCAGAAACACAAAAUCAUAGCGCAGAUUUUCGACAAGAGGGAGAAGUUUAAUCAAGGGGGGCGCAUCUCAAUCGAGUGCCAAAACUACACGGACCCCGUGGGGCUACAUUUCGACCUAAAUAGUGCCGUUAGUGAUAGUUUUAGCACGGCCUGGGCUGUGAAUCUCCCCCGUUUGUUAAACAGAAGAGGAGCAAUUGUAGAAGAAGUGGGUUAUUCAAGCAAUAAUCACUCGAUUGACUCGGAAGUGUCUCACGUCUCGGUGAGACACGUGAGCAUCGAAAGUCGCUGUAAUUCGGGCGAUAGUCAGUUGUCCGUCCAAAUCAGCGAAUUGAAAGCCACUAGAAAAGUUAACCGACGACAUAGACGGAGACGACACGAUUUUAGGAGAGACUCCCGAUUGUCUAAAACCGGGAAUAAACGGGAGAGCAGCGCUAGCCUUGAUUCGAAUUUAAUGGAUACGUUACGAUUAUGCGGAGUUAAAAGUCUAGAACCGAACUUAAAACGGCGGACGGGUAACGCGGGCUUGGACGGACAACACAUCAGUAAACUCCUCUCAAAUGGGAAACUCGUAAUCCCCUAUAAUCCCAACGUGAGUGAGGAUGAAAACGUGUCAGUGACAGUCUCGGAAAAUAAAUACAACGUAGUUUUGAGUAACACUAAUUUGGAUUUGAGUGACCAGCUCGUGAUGAAAUCGUUGAGGCAAGGAGGCUUGCACAUUGAGGAAUUGAGUAGUAGUGAAAGUGAGAAGGAGCAAGAGAAGAGGCCGAGGUCGGGGCGAGAAUCGCACCAAAGUCGGAGGUCAAAGAGGUCCAAAACCUCAAAAAAAUAUCAAAGCGACUCGGAGAGUUUCAACAGACAGAGUGACAGCUCGUCGAGUCCAGAACUGAGAGAGUUGUUAUGAGGAACGACUGAUUUUAUACGAAAAGCAGCUUCGUAUUUAUUUGUACAAAAAUGUGAUUUUUAUAACUUUUACCAAAUAAAAAAUUAUAAGCC